UAUUUUGUCCAAAACAUGUCUUGAAAUCAGUAAACAAUCCAUAGUUUUCGUGAAUGUGCACCUCGCGCUGCGCGUCCCAUAUUGAGUGAAUGGAAACAAAAUGGCUUCAAAUCCCCAGUUGUCGCCACUCUCAUUAUAUAGGCACGCUAGAGUGCCUUAGAGUGCCUAUAUAAUGAGAGUGGCGACAACUGGGGAUUUGAAGCCAUUUUGUUUCCAUUCACUCAAUAUGGGACGCGCAGCGCGAGGUGGACAUUCACGAAAACUAUGGAUUGUUUAUUGAUUUUAAGACACGUUUUGGACAAAAUAAUUUACUGGCUUGUAUUGUCUGGAUGUCCAAGGUUGGAUUAUGGCCGUUUAUAGUUGGAUAUUUUCAUCUGUGACUAGUUUUGAGCCUUCAAAGUCAAUCUACAGAGCGAAGGAGGAGGAGGCGGAAGAAGAAGAGGGAGGACUUAUCCACGGAUGUUUCAUGAAAACUGAAACUGAAAACAAACUCGGUGUGAAGCCGGAGAGACUGCAGCAACACGACUCAGCACCGCCGUUGUCAGAGGAGUCCUCCCCGGUGGUAGAACAGUCGGUCUCCAUCUCCCCAGAACUAGCCAGCUUGAUCAAACGCAAAGCCAAAGACCUGAAGAUCCGGCAGACGGACCGCCGCUGGGCUGCUGAGGUGGUCAACGAUUUCCGUGACCUGCUGAGGUUCCUGAGGAGCUGCACUGAUCAGCCGUUAUUCCAGUCUGCAGACUUCCUCACCACCGGCAGCUACUUUGAGAAAGUGAAGAUCCACAGCCCCGACGAGUUCGACAUGAUGCUGAAGCUUCAGGUGCCGAAUCGUCUCACCAUGACGGAGCUGGACGGCGGCCUCUUCUACCGGAUCGACCUCAUCCGGACCACCCGGACCCACGUACAGGCCUUUCUGCUGGAGAACCAGCGAACCCUGUCGUCCAGCAAAGUCCUGAAUGAGACGUACCGCUUGGUCCGCAAGUUCCUCAAGACUUACAAAGUCCCUGAUGAAUGCUGUCGCUGGGAGGUGAACAGGAAGAAUCCAUACUGUCCUGCCGUCACUUUGUCUCUGUGCAGAACUGACAAGAACAGUGAUGAGCUGAUCUCUGUGGACGUGGUUCCGUCUCUGGAGGUUCAGGGCUGGCCGGUUCCGGUCCGCAACGGUCCAGAUGUUGAGAACUGGCUGGGAAAGAAGGUUCGCCAAGAAAUCCGAGGUUUGCCGUGUUACUUUGUGCCAAAGAGGCUGAAAGGACGAAACCUGAGCGAAGAUGCCAAAGAGAGUUGGAGGAUUUCGUUCUCUCACAUCGAGAAGAAAAUCAUCACGUCUCACGGCAACAAGAAAACCUGCUGUGAGAGCAACGCCACCAAAUGCUGCCGAAAGCAGUGCUUAAAGCUCCUCAAAUCUCUGAUUGAGGGUCUGAAGCAGCGUUUUCCCAAAGAGCUGGAGGAUCUGUGUUCGUACCACGGGAAGACCGUCUUCCUCCACACGCUGUCCUCCAGGUUCGAGGACUCCAUGUGGGCUCGGCAGCAGCUUCCCUCCUGCUUCCUGGAGCUCGUCUCGGCUCUGGAGGAUCACGCUCGCCGUGGUGUCCUUCCUCACUUCUUUGUCCCUGAAUGCAACCUCUUCUCUCCGGCCGUCUUCCCUCGCAGAGCGCUGGCGUUCCUGGUCAGCGCUCUGGAGGAGCAGCGGAGGGACGGUCUGCCGCUGCUGAAGCAUCCACUUCCUGUUGCACGUCUGAGACCAGAAAACAUCUCAGCUGAAGUCUUCACCGAGGAUUCCAGCGAUCAGUCUGCAGCCGUGACCUCUGCUGUUCUGACUAAAGUGAUGCUUGUGUUUGCUAUGGUUUUGUUUUGUCUCUCGUUUCUUAUCCAAUCAAUGUGAAAUGACGAUAAACAGAGAAGAUGUUAGACAUAAACGAGGUGAAAUAAAUGGUUUAAUGUCACAUUUAUUUCACUCGCCCUGCAGAAGUCAUAAAUAUGAACUGAGCUGUGGAUCUCAUUUUACUCUAAUUCUGAUUCCUAACUAUAUUAAAGGUACAGUUGUUUUUAACUAUUUUAAAAAUGAUUGAUUUUAGAAUGUUCAACAUGGUUUUCCUUUAGUCCAAAUUAUUUAGGAUUUUUUCCACAUGAGUACUUAUUAUUUAUUGAGGAGCUUUUAAAGAAAUAAAAAAAUCUGAAUCUUUUAAACCUUUCUUUUGUUUUUACUUAUUUCCAAUGACCAAUAAAAUUCCUGAAUGUAAAAGUCUUUUAGUUUGAAUAGUUUUGCUCCGUUAAUUUUUCCUUUUUUUUUUUUUUAAUUAAAUGUCGUUUGGUACUGGUGGGGGGAGAUUUCUUGUAGUACUUUUCAGUAUACUGUGUGUUCUUAUAACAUGAAUAAUCAAAUAAAACUCAGUUUGUACUGUC